GGGGUGUGAAGGGUGAGGCUGGCCGGGACGUGCCCCGCCGCCAGCCGGGCGAGGAUGAGGCGUUUCCUGAGCCGAAAGGGUCGCUUCUCCCUGCGCCAGAGCAAGUCCGGCACCCGCAGCGUUUCCAAAGAUUUCUUUCUUGGUCUUCCCGCUACCAAUCAGAACUGGCCCGAGGCUUUCGGCUUCCGACUGGGCGGCACCGGGCCCAGCUACAUCUUGUCGGUGGAGGAGAGCAGCAGCGCCUUCCUGGCGGGCCUGCAGCCCGGCGAUCAGGUGGUGGACAUCGAGGGCCAGGACGUGACCAACCUUAGCACCCCGGCACUGAUCGCGCUAGCUCAAACCCUCAAGACGGUGCCGCCCAGCAUCGGCGUGGUGUCGCGCAUUGAACAGAUUGACAUCACUCCCGGUCCAGACGGCCGCUUUGGCUUCACCAUCGUGGGCGACAGCCCUUUGACGGUGGAGGACUGCGUGGUCGAUGGUGCGGCUGCCCGUGCCGGCCUCAAGGCUGGCGACUACGUCCUAGAGGUCAACGGCAUUCCGGUCAAGCGUCACGAGACAGCGGCCGUCAUGAUCAAAGCGGCGCAGGGUCGUCCUCUGCGUCUGGGCGUGCUCAGCAUAGCACGCCGCCCCAAGCGGCUGAGUAGCAGCAUGAGGGUCCUCUCGCAGAGCAGCGACAGCAUCAGGGAGAGUCGCGCGCACAAGGCCAUGGAGUUCAACAAGAAGGUGGAGGAGGUGCUGGGUGAAGAGCCAGAUUUGAAGGAGCAGCUCUUUGACGUCUUGAAGCAGUACGCCGCCGAUCGGCACGUGGAGAGCCUGGCCGAGGCGCUGCCGGACAUCCUCGUCACAGAGCGCCAUCGACAGCUCAUCGAAAGUGUCAGGAUCUUCAUUCCCAAGAAGCACCGGGAGCGUUUUGACGAGGUGGUUUCCCAGAGCCCGAUGAGUCGUCUAAAGGGGCGGAGCUUCAGCGACCCCAGCCGUAGCGACCUGCGCCGCAGCCGCGGCGAGGCUCAUCCCGAGCGCCCGGCGGUCUCCACACGCGCCAGUUCGGUGCCGCGCACGCACGCGGACGAAGGCUACGCCCCCCUGCCCCGCGGCAUGCGCAAGACCACCUCGCUCAUAGCCGGACACUCAGGCGGAUCGACAACCAACUGCAGGACGGUGAGAGUGUGCAAAGGCAACAUGAGCUUUGGCUUCACUCUCAGGGGUCACGCUCCUGUGUGGAUCGACUCUGUCAUCCCGGGCAGCGCAGCAGACAAGGCGGGUCUUAAACCAGGAGACCGCAUCCUGUUCCUCAACGGACUUGAUAUGAGGACCUCCUCCCAUGAGAAGGUGGUGUCCAUGCUGCAAGGAAGCGGCGCCAUGCCCACCCUGGUUGUGGAGGACGGCCCGCCCUCUUUCAGCAUGUCAGAGCAGGACUUGACAGGGGGCGGCAUUUCCACAGAGCGCGCGCGCUCCCCCGCGCUCGGCUCCCUGCGCUGGGUGGCCGAGAUACUGCCACCGAGCAUCCGAGUCCAGGGACGCACCUUCGGGCAGCAGCUAGAGCACCUGCUGACCAUCCAGGAAAGGUACACAGUCUGCAAGGCUCUGGAGAGCUUCUUCCAGCACAGGAAUGUGGAUACGCUGAUCGUGGAUGCCUUCCCGGUGCUGGAUACGCCGGCCAAGCAGGUCAUCUGGAAAUUUGUUUACCAGCUGCUAACGUAUGAAGAGCAAGAACACUGCCAAAGCAAAAUCUCACGCUUUCUUGGAUUCAAGGCGCCAGCACCCCCUCCCCCUCCACCAGAGCCCGAGGUUGCCCCCGAACCCCAUCGCCGCAGCAGCUCCAUGAGGGUGACGGGCACUAUGUACAGGAGCAGUGUGAGGGGGCGGAGCUCUGACGACUUGCUCAUUGGCACAAAUUUGAGCAUGGGCUUCCGUGCAGACUCGCUACUGGAAGCCGGAAUGCGGUUGGCUCCAGGAGAAAGACAAUCAGGCGACGGGACCUCUCUUCCCGAGACUCCCAACAACCUCGCCAAUCUGUCAGCCGUGUACGCCGAACUGGAAAACAUGUACGCGGCCAAGAGAUCCAAGUCCCUGAAGACUCGCCCUCCUCCCGCCCCUGAGACUUUGCUGGAAGUGGACUCCCCCUCCCGCGCAACUUCCCCGACAACGCGUGCUCACACAGGUAGCCGUAAAGGCCUCCCGCCCGCUCUAACCUGGCCAGAGCCUCUUCCGAGCCCUCCCCUUUCCCAAUUCUACCCAUCAGGCCUGAUCAGCCAGAACAGCGGGGAGUCCAACCCCUACAUGAGCCUGGAUAGCCCACCACCCUCACCACCAGAGCUCAUUGAUUUGCCGUCGAGUCCGCCGCCACACCGCAGCAGCAAACGUCGAUAUACUUUCUCCAAGCCGCCGCGGUCCGAAGACACUGACCGCUUUCUGGACGCGCUGAGCGAGCAGUUGGGCCAGCACGUGGCAAUUGUUGAUGACUUUCUCACUCCUGAAAAUGACUACGAAGAGGAGUUUGGGCAGGUAGCAUUCCCAGAUGAUGAUGACGAGGAGGAGGAGGAAGAUAAUGAUGAACAGUUAGGCAUGGACGAAGAAGAAAGCGGAGGAUUCGUGGGUCCCGAGUUGAGCAGCCCGAGCGACAUCCAAAGCAGCAGCGGGGACGAUAAUGUUUCCUCCCUCACCUAUUCCUCCUCUUCCGACCACAUUCCUCCGCCCCCCAUGACGCCUCCUCCACCUCCACCCGUUCAGUUCAAUGAUGCGCCGACUCCUCCGCCUCCAGCCGCACCUGCGCCGUCUCAUCCACCAGCACCACCACCACAGCAGCAGGCUAGCUACAGCCCUGAAAACUCGCCGAGAGCUUACCUGCCCAUCCGCCGGAAAUCUGGCCCGCCUCCCCCACCCCCGCCCCGCAGCAACCCGCCACCAAAACGACACUCCUUGCAUAAAGUGCUGCCCUCCGAAGAGGGGUUGCAGGUCCAGGUUGCCAUACAGGAGCUAAAGGCCUAUCAAGCGCAGCAGUCCUACAAGGAGCAACAAGCGUAUCAAGAAAGGCAAGCAUAUGAAGAGCUGAAGGCCUUUGAGGAACAUCAGGCCUUCCAGGAGCAGCAGUCAUAUCAGGAGCAACUGUUCAAGGAGAGACAAGCCUAUGAAGAGCACAAGGCCUUGGAGGAGCUCAAAGCCUUUGAGGAGCAGAUGUUUGAGGAACAAGGAGCAUUCCAGCAAAGACAAGCGCAAGACUUCCAGGACCAAAAAGCUUACGAGGACCAAGUGAUGCAGCAGAUCUACCAGAGCCACCACUCAAUGCCCGCCCAGCCCACGCAGCAGAAAUCCCACUCGCCACUAGCACUCCAGCAGCUACACCAGUCUUUACCGCCACUUCCUGCACCGGAAACCUCCAACCACCACUUUCGCCAUCCUCUUUGCAUGAUGCGGCAGCAGCAGCAGGUGCAGCCCGGACACCACCGACGUCUAUCCCGGUCGGCCCCGCCUCCGCAUCACCCGCCCCCCCUUCCCACGGCCAACCCGAGUCGGCAGUAUCCCGAGGAUGUUUACCAAAGCCACCAAAGCCUCAGGGCCCAGCCUCACCAUGCCUCAGCCGAGAUGCUCCACCAUCCCUCGGCAGAGAUGAUCCAGAUUUUGCAACAUGCGCAGGUCCACCAACCACCGCAGCAGAUGCAACAACCCAGCAGCCACUACUCCUCUGCAGAAAUCUUCCACCAGCCCAAGAUCCAUUACUCCUCUAUGGAACUCCUCCAUCAACCUCACCAGAUGAUGCAGAGGCAGCCUCACCACUCAUCCACGGAACUUCUCCAUCAAGGCCAGCAGUUGCACAGGGGGCAGCCCCACCAUUCAUCCAGCGAGCUGCUCCAUCAGAUACACCCAGCCCAGCCCCACCACGCUUCCAGCGAGCUACUUGACCGGUCCCAACAGAAGCAACAAGUCAAGCCGCAUCAUCACUCCUCCAGCGAGCUGCUGCAUCACGUCCAGAAAGAGCCUCCCUGCCAGCCGCUUCAGAUGAACCGAGAAAGCCGUUUGCAGCAGAGCCGCCGGAGUCUUAAAAGUCAGCCCCAGCCCCAAGGCUCAGCACAAGGGCCGCCAGUACACCAAAGGCAUCGCCCCCAACCCAUCAAGCCGUCCCCCCAGAGGCCCCAUUCCAUUCAGAAGACUCGUGACCCUUCGGCCCCACCUCACAUCCAUCACAUCCGCCACAUGACUCCGCAACCUCUGCCACAGGAUUACCAGCACCAGAUUCAAGUGAUCCAUCCGCCGCAGCAAACCCACCGGCCACACCCGCUUCUGUCUACGUUCCAGCCUCUCCAGCCGCAGGAGCCCGUGCUCUCCUCUUUCCAACCUCCGAGCCAGCGGGAGCAGACCCAGUCGGCCACCCAGACCACCCGCCCCCAUUCCCAGCCCUCCCAUCACCUGAUGCAGCAGCAGCAGCGCCAGGGCCAGUCCCAGCACAAAGCAAUACAGAGCCCAAUUCAGCCCCAGUCGCUCCCCCCAUCUCUAUCUGGGCCACCCCCGCCACCACCUCUGCCUCCACCCUGCUCCCCUCCGCCCUUACCCCGGCCCACCCUCUCCAGGAUGGACUCCCAUCACAUGAGUGUCAAGAGGCUGCGCUGGGAGCAAGUGGAGAACUCAGAAGGCACUAUCUGGGGCCAGUUGGGCGCAAAUUCUGACCACGAGAAGCUGCAUGACAUGGUGAAGUAUUUGGACCUGGAGAUGCACUUUGGGACACAGAAAGGGUCUCCGCCGGAGCCCUUGGCACAACUGGAAACAUUUAGGAAAAAGGAUGUCAUUGAAAUUCUGUCCCACAAGAAGGCCUACAAUGCAUCCAUCCUGAUGGCCCACCUGAAGCUGUCCCCCGGAGAGUUGCGUCAGGUGCUGCUGAGCAUGAACUCCGACAGGCUGCAGCCCUCGCACAUUAAACAGCUGCUGCUAUAUGCCCCCGACGCCAACGAGGUAAAAAAGUACCAAGACUACAGAGAGGACCCCGGCAAACUCAGCGAGCCCGACCAGUUUGUACUGCAGAUGCUGUCAGUGCCUGAGUACAAGACCCGCCUGGAGAGCCUCCUCUUCAAGUGCUCACUACAGGAGAAGACAGAAGAGGUGAGGGGAGCCUACGAAUGCAUCAACAAGGCCUCCUCGGAGCUCAGGAGCAGCAAGAAGCUUGCAAAGAUUCUUGAGUUCGUGUUGGCCAUGGGGAACUACUUGAAUAGCAGCCAGCCCAAAAGCAACAAGACAACUGGCUUCAAGAUCAAUUUCCUGACAGAGCUGAGCACAACGAAGACGGUGGACGGGAAGUCGACGUUCCUGCACAUUCUGGUCAAGUCGUUGUGCCAUCACUUUCCCGACGUGCUGGAUUUCUCCAAAGAUCUCACCACGGUUCCUCUCGCUGCCAAAGUCAACCAAAGGAUGAUCACAUCCGAUUUGAACGACAUGCACGGAGCCAUCCGUAACAUACGCUCGGCCUGUCAGAAAAUGCCCGCGAGCGCCGAGGACCGCUUUGCCGCCGUCAUGAGUACCUUUCUGGAAAACAGUCAUCCGGCCGUGCAGUCUCUGGAGUCCCUCCAGCAGAGCUCUCUGGAAGAGUUUUCUCAAACGGCCUCCUACUUCGGGGAGGACGGCAAAAGCACCAACACGGAGGCCUUCUUUGGCAUCUUUGCUGACUUUGUCAGCAAGUUCGAGAGGGUUCUCAGCGAUCACCAGGCAGCUGAAAACCCAAAAAGCCCGAGAAGUCCUCGAAUGGCCUCCCCGCUUGCCUGGUAGCACUUACAAAGAACAAACACGCACAUACACACACACGCUGUUAUGCCCGAAAGCACGGCUGGCAAAAGUAUGGCAACUUACCACUCCGCCCACACCGUUCUUCAUUUGGUCCUACAAGCAUUUAUGAAAUCAAGAUUUUUGCCCAAUUUUCCCCCAUCUGUAGCUUAGCUAGCUUGCUAGCUUUCGUUAAUUGUGUAGCUUAUACGCAAUUGCUAAACCCUGAAAAUGCAUUUUUCUCGAAUGCGGCUAACUAAAUCCCCAAGCAAGGAGGUCACACCGCAGAUGAGCCGAGUGCAGCACCCGAAGCCUGUUAGCUCGCCAGCUAGCUACACUGUUUUACAUCCAGUAUGUAACUUGUUGCGCUUUUCUGAGCCAAAUCAGCUUUCAUGUACCGUUUCUAUUUGGAAGGGACAUACAAGAUGGCUCAUCUAUUCAUACCAAUAGUGUACUAUAUUUAUGAUUGUAUUGCAGAAUUUAUUAUUGCAUUUUCCACUUUUAAUUUUCCUUUUCAAAGUUUACUAAGUGGGUGUGCGGUGUAACUUAGCCAUUAAACUAUUUUGUAGCAGCAUUUAGAAUGUUUAGAUGAACGCAAAUGUGUUGAGUACAAUCAUAGUUUUUCUGUUACCGUAUUGGCCCAAAUAUAAGACGGUGUUUUUUGCAUUGAAAUAAGACUGAAAAAGUGGGGGUCGUCUUACAUUCAGGGUCUAGACCAGGGGUGUCGAACUCAUUUUUUUUGCGGGCCGCAUUGUAGCUUCUUUCGGAAGGCCAUUAUGACUGUCAACCCAAAUCAAUAUAUGAGCACCUCAUAUUAUAUACAGUAAAAGCUACAAAACUAACUGACGAAUAACUUGUUUUCAAAUCAGACGAGUAAAAACUGGUCAAAUUAAAAUAAAAAAAGAUAUUGAUAAAAGUGAAAACAAUUUGCAAUUUUAGUAUUGACACAGGAAUUUGAUGCACAAUUUGUCUUCGGGGGCCACACAAAAUGAAUUGGCAGGCCGUAUCUGGCCCCCGGGCUUUGAGUUUGACACCAGUGGUCUAGACAUUCACAACACUAGAUGGCGCCAGAUAUCUUUAAAGCGAAUGCUGAACUUAACUCCCCAAGACAAAGCGAAACCCUGUCACGAAGAAAAAAGAUAAAAAUAGCGGUAGCACGAAGAAGAAAAAUAAAAAAUAGCGGUAAGAAAGAAAAGAGAAGAAAUAAGAGAAGAGUUAACAGAAAAUGGAAAAACCAAAAGCCAUUCACUUACAAAUGUGAUUGCACUUUAGUUUACAUAUUUAAAUGUUCGGAGAUUAAGAUGUGUCACAGUUUUUGCAUGAUUUGAAUGAGGCAACAUAACAUGCGUUUUCUCUUGAAUAUACUGUCAUAAUAAUCAGUUUCAGAUGUACUCUAAUUAUUUUCUGUAUAAAAAUUAAAUUUGUUGUUCAGAAAGUCUUUUUUCAAACUCAAGUCUUGAAAAAGAGGGGGUCGUCUUAUAUUCGGGCCAAUAUGGUAUUUGAUAUUGUUUAUUAUUUGAAUUGUCUGAAUGUAAGAUAAAUUCAUAUUUGGGAUUGUCUCAACAGAUUGUUUUGAAAAAUGUGAUGACAGACGGCUCUCGAUCGGCUUCAAUAUUUUCUCUGCGCUGACAGCGGGCAGUGUGCAAUAUGCAAAUGUUUGCCUUCUGGUCUAGAAGAAAAAAUGGCUAGGAUGCAUAAGCAGCAUUUUCAUUUCUGACUGAAAAUUUGUGUUCUUCCUCCAUUUUAUGAGAACUCUAGUGCAGAUGCGGUGACUUUUAAUCUGGUAGCUGCAGUCAUGUACUUAAACGGCUGAUGAAGCUGGAAACUGGUUCCUCUCGUGUAAGCCAAUGCUUUGCAGAGCAACUAUUGAUUCUAAAGCUUUUAUCACAAAUGUCAGAGUCUAUUUAUUUACCUCUCUUGUGCAUCACACCAGGCUGGAAUAGCUGAAAAUGUAGCAUGGUAAAAGUCAACCCUUUAUCUCUUGUCAAUAUCAAGAAUUACAAUGGGUGUUUGUUUCAUGGAAACAUAGAGCUUAACUUUACAGCAAUAAAUGGAUUUUUUUUUACUAUGGAAGCUCUCAUUUUACAAGAAUAGGCCGUCAUCAUGACAGUAAGUCAAUUAUUACUGAAUUAUUACUGAAGUAAUUAUUGAUAUAGUAUGUAUAUAUGUAUAUAUGUAUAUAUGUAUAUAUGUAUAUAUACGUAUAUAUGUAUAUAUGUAUAUAUAUGUAUAUAUACAUAUACAAAUACAUAUACAUAUAUACAUAUAUAUAUGUAUAAUACCGUUUUUUUCCAUGUAUAAUGAAGAAAAUCAUGGUACAACCAUUUUUGAAGAAAAUUUUGUCACGGAUGGAGUGUGGAAAGGAGUGGGGCGACCAAGUGCAGCUUGGACCAGGGUUUAUUGGAGGAACUCAAAACACAGACUUGGUAAACUAAUUGUGAUAAAUAACUGGAACAUCACUGAAAUAUUGGUGAUCCCGUUGAGAGUCUCACAUAUUUCUUCGCUAUCAAGUUUGCUACUGCAUGCGCAGUGAUACUGACCGGCAGAAUAACAUCCGGUUGUUCCCAAAGAUGAUCUUUUUUCUGAAAUAAUCUUUCGUUUACGGACUCAGCAUUAAGGGUUGGAAUUGGGGGCUUAGAUCACCAAAUGAUUUCCGACCGCGGCGCCGCUGCUGCUCACUGCUCCCCUCUCCCCCAGGGGAUGGAUCAAAAUCACACGGGGGUGGGUCAAAUACAGAGGACAAAUCUCACCACACCCAGAUGCGUGUGUGACGAUCAUUAGGACUUAAAAAAAAAAAAAAAAAAAGUCGAAAUUUGGGUGCGUAUUAUACAUGGGUACAGGCUUUUUUCCAGCAUCGACAUGCCAUUUUUAGGGUGCGUAUUAUACAUGGGGGCGCAUUAUACAUGGAAAAAAACGGUAUGUAUUUUGCAGUGGGGAUGUAAUGGAAAGCUCAUUACAUUUUAACUUUAUAGUCAGAGAUCUUGAUGAUUAUCUGAAUUUAUUCAAGUAAACUUGACAUUCUUUCCCCCCAAAAUGAAGUAUUGGUGCUUGUGACAGUGGCGUUUCUUUUAAAAUGACAACACUAGCCCCAUAAAAUAUAUUUUGAAAAAAUAUUCUUGCAAAAUUCCAACUUCACUUGUGAUUUGUUUGUUUUUUUCUUCUAAAAUUAAACCUACUUCUGUAAAAUGUAAAAGCUUUCUGAUAAUAAACCUAUGGUGAACUUUAUUCCUGGAAUUGAAUUAUUGUCUUUGUUUUUCUUUUGUGCCUGAUGAACACAUUCGUAGACCUCUGAUUCUCUGCCAUGGUUUGGUAAAGCACU